AUGCGGCUGCAACUUCUGGCACUGCUCCUUCUGGUCGGCGUCCAUGCUUGGCGUCGUCGCCAACUUGGUUCGACGGUCGGACCAGUUAAGGCUCCUUCAGGACCUCCCCCAGCUCCUCCACCCAUCAAUAGUUCUACUGCACCGCUCAAUAAGCCUUCCCCAAGCCCCAGCAUUCCCGGCAACGGGUCAGUCUCCUCCUCGGCGGCUCCCAUUGCGUCUAUACUACCGUUCUCUUCCAAUUACAACUCGGCACCACCACGUGAGCUUUUAGUAGAUCUCCGAGCCAUUGCGACCAAAUAAUGGGAACUCUUACAGGUACCCGCUUUUUUCGUCACAGAACCACGACUUCGACAGCCAAGCCUCCGAUCAAGGCAACUACAAAUCCGAUGUUUCUAAUCUUUUUUUGCUUCCUUCAAAUUUUCCCAACAUUUUCAGAUACAGCGACUUCGUUAUAGCCAAGAUGUGUGAGAAUGAACUUGUCUUAAAGGUUACAAUUUUCAUUUUAUCGUGAUUUGUAGUUGAUAGCAACGACAAGAUCGAGUUCGUUUUGCUCGCUUGGUUCAUCAUUAUCUUCUUCUUUUUAGUCCUGUGCUGCUGUAUUCUUUUCCUCACGCGAUGUGUCUACAGGUAGUCGUUUUGAAAAUUUGUUUCAGUCCUUCAUUUAUCUUUCUGGUGGUUAAAAUAGCUUUCUUUACUGGCCAGGGUACAGAAAUUUGCGUAAUCGUAUUUGAAGUUCCUCUGCAUUUUGGCGCCAAUUUAAAAAAAACUUGCAUUUUUGAAUUCUUGGAAUUCCUUAGGAAUUCUAGAAUGGUUCCUAUAGGGGUUAAGGAGGAAAACAGCCUCUAUAGAGGCCGAAAAAAUGGUCCCUAUAGGGGUUUAGAGUCUGACCCCUUAGCUCCGAAACCCAAGUCGACCCUAUAGGGGCCUUAUUUAUUCAGUUUUUCCACGUGCUUCAUCCCUUAGAGUUCAUAACAAUUAUCGACUGGCCUGUCUCAUAUGGGGACCACUUUUGCAAGCUUAAGUGGCCCCUAUAGGGGUUGAUAAAGCGGUCCCUAGAGAAAACCUUCCAAGGGCAUUUAGGGUUGCCCAUAUAGGAACAACUCUGGAGGAAAAAAGUUAAUUAUUCACUUUGAAUAAUUUUAAAAAAGUUACUUUGUCUUUCAUACAAUGUAUAAUAAAGAUAAUGUUCACAAAAGCGAUAAUUUUUGAAUUAGCGCCAAAACGCAUCGCGACCGCUUCGCAAACAAACUGCAAAUGCUUUGUCGAGAGACUAGGAGGGCGCAGUGAAGUCCCGCGAUUUCCAGUAGCAAAGAACGAAUUGAAAUAACGAGAUGAACGGAAGAAAAAAAUUUUUUUUUUAGAAGAAAAAUGGUCAAUGAUAUGAAGGACAUUCGGGAAGCACAGGAAGGCCGCCGUGGUUAUUGUGAGAUUUUUCUUUUUUUUUCUCCAUGUAUAUUUAUUUUUUUGUGCAGACGUUGACGAUGGAGCGCAUGGUGCGAAGAAAGUUCAGCCGCCGCCAAUUUCCCCGCCGCUCACCGAUCAGACCGAGUACAACUUGGUUUUAUGGAAAUAUUCAAAAAUUCUUAUUUUUCCUUUUUUCAAGGUUGCCGCCGUUCUCGCCGACUAUGACAAGGGCCGACUUUUUUUAAAUCGUCUUCUCAUUUAUUUUUUUCCCCUGUUGAAGUUUGAUUCGAAAUAG